UUCAAACAGCAACCUCGGCGGCCGCAUACAUCGCCGCAGCCGCAGUCGUCAGCUUCACAAGAUCACGACAUUAGUAAAGCACCCGUUGGCGAGAGGGAAGAGUUGAGGGAAAUACUGCGCCUCGCGAUGGACGGUUUCAAGCUCGUCGGAUCGGUCUUUGCGAACCAAACGGCGAAACACGCACGAGAAGGUAAACGACCCGCCACAGAGCCCAGCGGUCGAAGGCAUGGAUCAGGGAUGGAUCCGUACUCCCAGAAGCGGGAACAGGAAGUUGGAUAUGGAGUCGAAUCUGACGGUCGGACGUACGUGUGGGAAGGUCAGACCGCGGCGUCGAGUCCGGAUCUGAGCAGCGCUCGUGAGACGAGUGCGGGCAACGGUCUCUUUCCCCCUCCUGCGCCUUCGAUGGGGAUACCGUCUUCCUCGGCCUCAUCAACGCCGGUGGCUCACGUCGACCUGACGCCCAAGCUGGGCUCGACCGAUCCGCCAAACCGAGUCCCAUCGGGAUCGUCUUCGAUAGCAACCAGGAUGGAUAGCGAUAUACCGCCGUCUUCCCCCUUGCCAGACGGUACUGGGGAUCGAUCCAACUCGGUGGGCAACAACAAUGGUCAGGCAGUGGCCAAUCCCGUUUGCCUAGGAUGUGGCGCGACUGAGACGCCGGAAUGGCGGAGAGGACCAAUGGGACCGCGGACGCUCUGCAACGCUUGUGGCUUGGUGUUUGCCAAGCUGGUGAGUAUCGGGUCCGUCUCAAAUUUUUCGGGCCGAGCCGGCUCUCAAUGUGUUUCUCUGUCUAUCGAUCAUACAGGUUCGAAAACGAGCGAGGGAAGCUGCAAAGGCUCAAGCGAUUGCCAAAGGCUUGUUACCGCCUAAAAAGGCGAGAUCGAGCAAAAAGGCAAAAACGCCCAUAGACGUGCAAAAUGCCAAGGUCUGAAGGGUCCUUCGGGAUGGACGGUUGUAUACCGACAAAUGGAAAUAGUUGGACCUGUAUGUCAGGACAAGUCUUUGGGAUGUGAUGAUGAAUAACCAGGAACA